AUGAUAACACGAUCGAAUCUGGCCGAACAGCUGCGCGAGUAUCAGAUUCGAUCCAAGCAUGACUGGGCCUCUGUCUCGUUCUUCUCCUCCACUUCUUCAAACAUCACAACUUCCAGGGUGGAUGUGGUGGUUUUUGUAAUAUGGGAACUUAUUAUUUUAGCCUUCUUGUUCUUGGCCAUUGUUGACCAUUUCCAUUGGUCCCGCAUCUCAUUUUCACUGGAUUGUGUAUCAUCCGAUUCCACCUAUAGCAAGUUGACUAAACCACAAGUUAAGCAUCCUUUCGAUUUCAUCGUUGAUGGGAGUAGCGUCCCCAACUUUAAGCGCUCUGCUUGA